AUGGGACCAUCAAGGAGUAGGGAUAAUCGUGAUGAGAAUUCAAUUGUUCGGCGUGUUAUGUGUUUGGAAGAUCGUGUCUCCGCCUUGGCGGAGGAGAACGAAAAUCUCACUCGAAUAAAUGAUGAGCUGAGCAGACUACUCGUGGAAAUGGCAGAUAGAUUCUCGAAAGACGUUAAUAUACUAAAAAGCGAGUUGGAGUCGGUGAAGGCUGCACAAAACCCAGAACCGUGCAAUUUGCGAGUUGCACGUGAAUUGGACAAUGGUUGUUUUGAAAUCGUCUGGGAUUUGCCUAUGGUUAAAUGUUACAAAGUGCUCACGAACGGGGUUGAAAGUGGUGUAGUGAGGGCGCCGAAUAAUGCCGCCCGAAUUUCUGAUGUUGAAUCUGGCGUGGAGAUUCAUGUACAAUUGCAGGCCGUUCAUUUGGAUGGAAGCCUUGGUGAGCCUUCGGAACCACUCACAAUUCGGACAAGUCCGCGGUGA